AAAUCGCCCGAUAAUGAAGCAUCGUAGUCCUUUUUCAAACAGAUAGUAUGCAUAACAUCAGUCGCUUUCACUAUUUUCAGUCGAAGCAUCAAGAGAUCAAGCAGUCCAUAUCACUACAGGAUUCGAUUGGACUUUGCGACACGUUGAGAAUUCCUAUUCUAUUGAUUGUGAUUAACGGCCUCCCACCUGCACAGAAAAGUCGUUCACCAGCCUUGCCACACUGUUCUUAUCUUUGAGAACUCUCAGGGCGUCCGGUCUCGCAUGGCAUAAUUACGAUAGCCUAUCAUUCUCGAUCCUAUGUAAUUCUAUACCACUCUGCCGAUACAAUAAAGACAGGUUCUGCCGUUUGCGUUGACACCUUUAAAAACGCGUGAAUUGGAUUAUUGUGCUAUCAAGCCUUCGUAGCUCAUAUACAAUCACCCGGCCUCUUCAUUUGUAUGAUAAACGUGUCUCCUUCCCGAGUAUCAGAGAUGGCACGAAGUAAAAAUAUACUACCGCCGAAAAAGACUGACCAACCAAGAUCGAGUUCGAAAGGUCGCAUUCCAGCUGCAUUACGAAAUCACCUUGCCUCCGAUGGGCUUUACAAGAUAGUAUCAUGGGAUUUGGGUACUGGAUAUACAAGCAUACAUAUUGCAGACAUCGAGGUCAAGUCGGGGGAGCUCACAAAUUUGGAAAGCAUCAAGCCGACCCAUUUUUAUCGCUAUUCUAGUAAUCCAAAUCAGCGACCGGAACUUACAACAGAAGUCCCAACUAUAUGCGCUCAUAUCCCUGGCGAAACAGAUGAAUCCAAAGCUCAACAUGGAUACGAAGUCGACCCUAUAGGCGAUGAGACUGGGGCAGUGGUUAUUGAUAGAAUCAAGGAGGCGUUGUAUUCUGGACCAGAAGCAAGGGAACAAAACAAGGCUCUCAGGAAUUUGGCACUCAGAAUUCCUUAUCUUAAGACUCGAUAUAGUGAUACCCAGCUAGCAGCUCAUCCAGAGAUCUGGAUGCUAGCUGAUUACAUACUUUGGCUUGCUCAGCUGGUGAACUCAACCAUUAUCAAAGAAGACUUUCAAGGAUAUCUGAUCUGGGUUUGUACCAUCCCGUCUAAUUGGGACAAGAAUAGUAUCAAGUUGUAUACGCUUGCUCUGGAUGCUUCUCCGAUUCUUGCUGGCAGAUAUAUGCUGCAAUCGGAGAUAGAAAGCGCCAUCGCAGGGCUGAUACACCAAUCCCCAAAGGGAUCAAGAAUGAAGGAUGGCGAUGUCUUCUUCACAUUUGAUAUUGGUAAAGGAACAUCUGUUCGUGAAGUCCCUCAUCCUUUGUUGAUUUCCUACUAAAUAAAAUUCUAGGAUUUUAGCGUCUCUCGUCAGAUAUCUAGCGACCCAACUCAAGUUGAAGAAAUUAUACCGUCUGCCGGUCAGCCAUUCUUUCUAGUCUUAUGAAAGUGAGAAUUCUUGCUGAUACUAUUAUUAGCAUUGUUUGCGGGGUCGAGGACUGUACUACAGCUUUGGGAGUCGCACAUCCGUAACCUAUGUAAGAAAGAGUCAGAAGAUCCUGACCAUUUUGAAUCAGACCUAGCCACUUCAAAAGCGAGUUUCGUCAGAAGUAUGCAUGCAUACAAGGGACAGUCCGGGAAGGAAGUGGAUAGAGUGUACCGUAUCUGUGGACAAAAGAUCACAGUCACAAGGUAAACCUCCCUUGCUACAUCUUUACAAUUUCUAAUCACUAUUGUUGAUAUUAGAGAUCAAAUGAAAUCUUGGUUCGAUGAAUGGAUACGUCUCACUACCAGUUUCCUUACCGAGCAGUAUGAGAAAUAUUAUGCACGACUUGAUUGCCCCCCACCUUCAAAAUUUUUCUUGAUAGGAGGGUCUAGCAAUGCUGUGGUUAUGAAAACAUGUAUAGAAUCCUUUCUUGAGAGUCAAUCUUCUCGCAAUACGGAGCUGGUUUUUUUGGGGGAAUUUAAUAGGUUCGUAUAUAUCAUUGUUGAAGUAGGAUAUGAGUAUCUGACGGUGAAUAGUGCAACACUUGUGGCUUAUGGGGCUAUAAUCCGGGCUGUCACAUCUGUCAUGUCGAUUAGAAAAAGCCAUUACUGGAUAGGACUUGCAAGGAAGGAGUUCUAUGAUAAGAAAAAGCACACCAAUAUACCUCGAGCAGAUAUUGUGAAUGACGAUAUUAUGGGAAAAAAUGGCAAGAUGAAAAACGAAAAGCAAGUAAGGACCAUUCAGUGGUGGGCUCAACCAGUAUGUUGCCAGAUCCAAUUUUUGGGAAUAAAAUGCUAAAUACUGAUUAGGGGGAAAAUUGCGUUGUUGAUGGCGUCAUCGACCAGAUGCCCUUUAUUAAGAUGGCCGAAAUCUUUGAUGAAGAGGGUUCUGUAGCAAACCAAUCCACAGAUUACAAAGUGCCUAUAAUGGUAUUUAUUUGUCCAAGUUUGGACACAUCGCAAGUGAUGGAUAACGAUAAAGACGAGAUCGCGGAAAAUGGUGCUGGAAAAAGAGGCUGGUCUUAUCAGAGUACGAGGUCUAAAGUAAAGGAAACUGAAUUUGAAAUCGACUUCAGUCCUAGCAUCCCUAAUCCCUUAGUUAACGCCAGCGAAUUGGUCCCGAUCAAUGGAUUCUACAAUAUUAAUUGGACCAUUUUUGCCGAAACCACAGGCAUUGGAAUUGACUUUUGGUGUGCCGUCCGUUCGAAUGAUCAAGACUUGAAUAUGCGAAUGGUACACCGAGUUCUAUUUACGGAUCUUGUGGGAGUGAUCCAGCAAUCUUAUGUUGUUGAUGAUGAUGAGAUUAUGGAGCAUAACAGCGAAGACAACGAAUCUAUACCAAAAGAAACAGACGAGAAGGAGGCUGAUAACGAUAAACUUGAAGUUGAGCAACUCAACUCCAAGAACAAACCACUCUUUCCAGGUCUCAUUGCAUCGCACCCAACCUCAAAUGUCGUUGACAUCAGUAAUACGAAGGCAGCAGCAAUAUCAAAAAGCAACAAACGACAAGGAUCCGAGCAGCUAGAAGAGCAACCCAGAAAAAAAAAGGCUAAAAACUCGACUCUAUCUUCUCAAGGCACAAAUGCAAGUGAUAAACCUCUAACACAACCACAAAUUGAAAGCACAACGGUGAAGGAUACACUACCGCCUGCCAGCAGUUUGGAGUCAGAAGAAUUCCAGUCUCCAAGCUCAAAAUCUUCGGAAAAACAACUCGAGAAAUCGCAAUCAGAGCCGGAUGAGGAUGUAGAAAGGGAAGGUAUCUUUAUAAAUCCUGAAACUCUAUUGAAAAACAUUUCCGAUUCGAAUGAGACUAUAGCAGAGCCAGUUAUAGACGAUUUUGAAGAUGAGGAUGAAUAUAAUGCUGCAAUGAUAGAAUACAUCGAUCAACUUCGACACGAGGAAUUAACUAGGUGUGUAAUGUUUGAGCGCUCGCAUGCCCAUUGACUAAUUUUUCUAGGCUACAAGCAGGCUGCGAUUCUGAAGCAUGUAUGCAUUUUAACGAGCGGAUUUGGAUUCAAGUCUGUCAAUUUAUCCAUCAUAAGCCAACCCUAAAGAAACCAGAAUAUUGUGUUAAGGUUCCUGGCGGUUUUGGACAUCAAUUACUACCUUGUCAGCUUCAUGGUGUAUGGCAUAGUCUUCGUCAAAUCCAUGGAAUUGCAGGGUCUGUUUUUUUAUGUCACAUUAUGGGUAUUGGAAAAACAACUAUGGCGCUCGCGAUCCAUUGGAUUCAACAUAUCUUCAAUAUGAUGUGGGCUGACAUACACGCUAAUUCGAAGGCUCAUGCUACACAUGGCGAAUGUCCAGCCAAUAAGCAGAUGUAUAGAACAUAUGGGUUCGAUUGCCCUUGCUCUGCUGACAGUACAAACCAUUGGUUGAAGGAGAGACUAGGCGUUACUGUUGCUCUUACUCCCCUCGGUCUUUUGAAUGUUUGGAAGGCCGAGCAUAAACAGUGCUUUAAAGGCAUUCCUGAUCAGAUUUUGGUCAAAGCACAUGGUACUGCUAAUACCAGUGGAGGCGAUCAAUUGGAUGGCAGCACGCAAGCUCUAUUGAAAGGUACAAAGAUUUUCCAAGAAGAGGUUUCUCAAGACGAUGAAGAUAAAUCUCUGGAUGAGUCCGAAAAGCCGAAAAUUCCGUCAAUUUAUACACCACGCCUUCAAAAUGGGCACGUAUUUGUUAUUACCACACCAGAAUCAUUUGCCAGCCAAUUCUUGAAUAAAUUUCAGCAUAUAAAGACAUGGUGGUACCAGCCAUCAGGUAAACCAUCUACCAACAGCCAAGGGAAACAUUAUAUUACCAAACCCCAGCGACAACAGCGGAAAACACCAGCUUAUCAAUCAUGUAUUGUCUCUCUUCUGUUCAAAGACGAAUUCCAGCUUCGAAGGACAGAAUCUAUUAGAGCUAUCCACGAUAUUCAAAUGCGACAACAUAUCAAGAACGAAACGAAAUCGCUACAUGAUUGUGGACACGAAGUCUAUCAUCGAAUCGCAUUAGUAUUGUUAAGUGGUACGCCUUUGAUGACAGGACCAUUGGAUAUUUCCGGUUUUGUUCAACUGAUGUGUCGAAAUAGCUGGAGGAAGGAUGCAGUUUUGCGAAAUUGGAUGCAUAACGAGUUGCAGGAUCUUGGUGAAAGAUGGAGGAAAUGGACUGAUAGCAGGUCUAUUGAUACUCAAAAUAUUUCUCAUGAAAUAACUCACAGGUUUAGUCCACUGGUAGAGAAACUUAUGAUUCGAUGGACUACGAACAGCGAUCUUCUUGGUGAGAAACCUGUUACUGUACCACGGAAUCUCUACUCCGAUAUCAAAUGCGAUAAUGGACCAUACUGGACGCCUAGGGUUGACUCUCUUGGUCAAGAAGAAUCUAAGAGAUUAGAGAAGAGAGAAAAGAUACGUCGAGCGAAAUAUGGUCAUCUUAAGGGAUAUAAACCAUUAGACAAGACUAAUGUUAAUAUCUAUUAUCGUUCUCGGUUAUGCGCAUCUUUCCCCUAUCUCUUGGAGCUUACCGAUGAUGAUGGCAUUUCGUUGAAAUUGACAGAGCGGGAAUGGGUAGAGAAAACCACAGGAAAGAAUCCGGAAUGGAAACAGGAGACAGAUACAGAUCCGUACUUCAAACAUUUGAAGGAAAUUGUUACAUCUUCGGGCAAGCUUCGUGAGAUUGAGAAAAAGAUCAAUAAAUAUAAAUACUUUAUUGAUGCUGAAAAUAGGUUGGCAAGGCAAAUCUUCUGUUCCUAUUUCUUUGCGGGUGCCUAUAUCAUGUAUCUGGUAUGUUUAAACUUCUAGUUAUGAGAAUACAAUGAAAUACUAAUCAAAGAGUUUUAGUGGAUGAUAUACAUCCUUAAAAUCAAACCUGAGGAUAUUAUUUUCUUAUACAGGCCUCUGGGUCAAACGAAAAUCAAUGCUGCAUUGAAAAGAUUUCAUAUCGAUGUCGAUUCCAACGUACCAGCUGAGGAACAGAAAACCGCCAGAUACAUUGUUUCGACUAGUUCAUCCUUUGCUGUAGGAUUGACUCUAGCAGAGGCUAUAUCAGUCGGUUUCUUAGAACCGGAUUAUCAUGCAGAUACUAUUGCUCAAGGGAUUCAUCGCCAUUGUCGCCAGGGGAAUAAAAAUCUGGAUCAUGGUGUAGAAUCCUGGAUGUUUAUGGUGAAGGAUAAUAAAGUGGAAGGAAGGAUAUUCGAUGUUAACAAUCUACGCAAGCAAAUUAUUAAUGCAGCAGAACGUAAAGUUGACGAUAAUGCGAAGAAGGGUGGGCAGGAUAUAAUCUCAAAUCCUUAGAUCUCUUCUAUUGAUAGUACUAAUCUUACUUCUUUAACUACUGCUCAUUUAUAAAUUGGCAUGGAGAUUGAUGUGGCAAAUGCCGUCCCAGACUAGAGUCGAGACUGUUGAAUCUUUCUUCAAAACAGAAGGAAGGUUUAAGAACGAUGAAGGCCUGUAUGAGUGCUGCGAAAUGUAUGAUGAGAGAAAUUGUAGAUCAAUGAGAAUAGU